UGCAAAGUUAUUCUAAGAUUCACAAGCUAAUGAACAAAAACGUAAAACUUAGUAAGGAAGAUAUAUCCAACCUUGAGACAUAUAUAACUGUUUUCAUGGCACUGUAUCGCUCCUUCUUUCCUGAAGCCUCUAUUACACCAAAACUGCAUUUUCUGGAGGACCAUGUCAUUAAGUGGGUUAAGACAUACAACAUAGGAUUUGGAUUACUAGGCGAGCAAGGAAUAGAGGGAAUACAUGCAGAGUUCAACACACUGAAGAAAACAUAUUCAUGUCUUAGAAAGCCAACAAGUCAACUUCAGUGUGUUAUGGACGAACAUCAUCGAAGAUGCCACCCUGAGAAUAUUAUGUUAACACCAAUGGUAAAACGCCGAAAAAAGAAAUUACAAGAAGAAUGAGUAGAGUAAG